AUGUUUUCUAACAAUUCCUCAUCUAGCCCCAAUUCCACCAUCGAUGUAACCCCGUUAAUGGGGGAGCAUGUGUUUCGCACGCGCCACCGCUUUCUGCGCAGUCCGCCGAGCCUACGCACUGCGGCUCGCUUCCUCCGGCGCGCCAGCAGCCGGAACCCCACCAUGCGCGAGCCGUCUGUCCGAGUUCGCGAGGCUGCGGCCGAUCAACUCGAGGAGCGUCAGAGCGACUGGGCAUACUCUAAGCCUAUAGUAGUACUGGACCUAAUAUGGAACCUAGCGUUUGUGAUUGUUUCGAUUUCUGUGCUGAUCAUGAGCAGGAAAGAGUCUCCGUCUAUGCCUAUAAGGCUAUGGAUUGUUGGCUAUGCUCUUCAGUGCGUGCUACACAUGGCGUGUGUGUGUGUGGAGUAUAAGAAGAGGUAUGUGCAGCGGAAUCUCGAAGGAAGCUCGAGGGAUGGGGUUAGGUACAGUCGGAAUUACUCGAAUUCUAGCUCCGAAAGUGAUGAUGGAGAGGAUGAGGAUUAUGAUUCCGAGCGCCGGCAGGAUAACGAGGAAACUAGUGUCUUUAAACAUCUGGAGUCGGCAAAUACAGUGUUCUCGUUCAUUUGGUGGUUAUUUGGGUUCUAUUGGGUAUCUGCUGGUGGCCAAAGUUUGAGUCAUGACUCACCUCAACUUUACUGGCUUUGCAUUACAUUUCUGGCAUUCGAUGUGUUCUUUGUUGUUAUCUGCGUUGCAGUGGCAAGUGUCAUUGGAAUUGCUGUUUGCUGCUGUCUACCAUGUAUUAUUGCAAUAUUGUAUGCAGUGGCAGAUCAGGAAGGAGCAUCCAAGGAAGACAUUGAGAGACUUCCUAGAUACAAAUUUUGUAGAAUUGGUGAUUUCGAGAAACAAAAUGGUGAAAUUCAAGAAUCUUUUGGAGGAGUAAUGACUGAAUGCGAUACUGACUCUCCCACGGAGCAUGUUCUUCCUCUGGAAGAUGCUGAAUGCUGCAUUUGCCUUUGUGCCUACGAUGAUGGAAAUGAAUUGCGUGAACUACCUUGUCGUCAUCAUUUUCAUUGUACCUGUAUAGACAAGUGGCUGAGCAUCAAUGCUACCUGUCCUCUUUGCAAGCUCAAUAUACUGAGAAACGGCAGUCAGAGUGGUGCUGAAGAUGUAUAA